AUGAGAAUGAGCUGCAACGGAUGCAGGGUGCUGCGCAAGGGUUGCGGGGACGACUGCAGCAUCCGCCCCUGCCUUCAGUGGAUCAAGAGCCCCGAGUCUCAGGCCAACGCAACCAUCUUCCUGAGCAAGUUUUACGGGCGCGCCGGCCUCAUCAACCUCAUCAACAGCGGCGCCGAGGACCUCCGCCCUGGUUCGUUCCCAGAAAACACCUCUCCUGUUCCUUGCAUCGAAUUAUCGGAUCAAGAUUACGUUUACGAUUACUAACGGACCGUUUGUUCUGAUGCGGCAGCGAUAUUCCGGUCGCUGCUCUACGAGUCGUGCGGGAGGUUGGUCAACCCGAUGUACGGCUCCGUCGGCCUCCUCUGGUCCGGCAGUUGGCAUCUGUGCCAGGCGGCCGUCGAGGCCGUGCUGAAGGGCGCCCCCAUCAUUCGGGUCUCCUCCGAGGCCGGCGGCCCAAAACUCGCGGGCUCCUCCCACGAGGCCGUGACCUCUUCCUACGACAUCCGCCACGUCUCCAAGGAGGCCACAGCCUCGCACCUAUUUGGCCAGGACGCGGCGGCUGGCCCCGCCGAUGUCUGCCUCCGCAAGGUCAACCCGGCCACCCGCACCCACUUCAAGCGCCCGGGUGGGAACUCCAACAAGCACGCCAACGGCGGCGCCUCAUCAUUUCUUGACUUCGCCGAGGUUGCCCACGCCGACGACCCCCUCUCGUCUAGUUUCUUCAAGAGUCUACAGUGCAGCCCAGUGUCUGUUCAGAGUGGGCUAAGCCAUGAGUCGUCCCCCAGCCGGGCCUCCGGCGAGACGGGGGAGACCUCCAUGGUGACGAACCACGACGCCGAUCUCCUCAAGGACAACAGCCGGGCGGUAGAUGAUUGCAAGUUGGAGCUGGAGCUUACACUGGGCAUGAAACCAGUGAGCUCCAGACACACGAGAAGGCCCUUACACGGCAGUUGUCCUACUAGCAGCCGCCGCCAUUAG